AUGGUAUCUCGAGUGCAGCUGUUCCUGCUUCUCCUGCUGUCCCAUUUUCCCUGUGAGAUUCUGAUGAAGAAAUGUCCAUUGAAUGUGAUAAUUGAGGGAAAAUACAAGGACAAUUGCUACAAGCCUGGAGACUACCUGAUUGGUGGAAUCCUAUCUACAUCUAAUGCUUUCUUCCAACCAUAUGAGUUCUUCAAGCCUCCGAGACAUGCAUUUCUACGUGUCAACAGUCUGAGCUUCAGCCACAUCUUGCCUUUCUUGUUUGCUAUUCAUGAGAUCAACCAGAGUCUGAGGAUGCUCCACAAUAUCUCCCUGGGCUACAACCUCUAUGAGAACUUUUUCAGCUCCCUAAUGACGUACGAUGCCAUGAUGGACUUUCUGUCUAUGGGGCAGGAGAACAUCCCAAACUACAGUUGUGGAAGAAGAAAGAAUGUCUUGGCCAUUCUUGAAGCGACUGAUUCUGAGCUGUUCCAUCACAUUUCAACCAUGCUGAGCAUCUACAAAAUCCCACAACUUCAUCCUUUCCUGAGAGAUUUCCAGCUUUACAAUCUUUCCAUGGAUGGUGUUUAUUUGGAUGAGAAUGGAGAUCCCGCCGCUGAUUUUGAUAUCAUGCACUGGGCAGUCUUUCCCAACAAGUCUACUGCUGGGGUAAAAGUUGGGAGAGUAGAAAGAGGGACCUCUUCAGAAGUCAGCCUCUCUAUCAAUCAAGGUGCCAUCAUGUGGCCAACAUCAUUCAGCCAGAAGGUGCCUUUGUCGAGAUGCUCAGAAAGCUGUCCUCCAGGACACACCAAACUCAAAAGGGAAGGUGCCCCAGGCUGCUGCUACGACUGUUCUCCGUGCAUGGAAGGAACAAUUGCCAGGCAAGAAGAUGCAUCCAGUUGCAGCCAAUGUCCAGAUGACCAGCAUUCUAGUAAGAAGCGAGAUCAAUGUGUCCCAAAGGUUGUAAGCUUCCUAUCCUAUGAAGAAAUGAUGGGUCUCAUCUUGACUCUCUUUGCCCUUGCUUCUUCCCUAACCACCAGCUUUGUUCUGGGAAUCUUCAUUAAAUACCAGGAAACCCCCAUAGUCAAAGCCAACAACCGGGACCUCACCUACAUUCUUCUGGUUUCCCUCCUCCUUUCCUUCUUGACCUCCCUUCUAUUCAUUGGUCAACCCAAGAAACUGAACUGCCUUCUUCGACAAACCACCUUCAGUGUUGUAUUCUCAGUUGCGGUGUCUUCCUUGCUGGCCAAGACCAUCAUGGUGGUGGUGGCCUUUCUGGCCACAAAGCCAGGCAGCAGGAUGAGGAAAUGGCUGGGGAAGACAUUGGCCAAGUCCAUUGUCUUGUCCUGCUCUGGGGUCCAGGUGGGCAUCUGCAUGAUAUGGCUGGGAAUCUCUCCCCCAUUCCCAGAUGCUGAUCUGCAUUCCCAAUCAGGACACAUUGUGCUGCAGUGCAAUGAAGGCUCAGUCAUCAUGUUCUACUCUGCACUGGGCUACAUAGGCUUUCUGGCUGCCAUCUGCUUCUUGGCAGCUUUCCUGGCCCGAAAUCUGCCGGGCACCUACAACGAAGCCAAGUGUAUCACCUUCAGCAUGUUGGUUUUCUGCAGCGUUUGGCUCUCCUUUGUCCCCACUUACCUGAGCACCAAAGGGAAAUACAUGGUGGCUGUGCAGAUCUUCUCCAUCCUGGCCUCCAGCCUGGGCUUACUGGGCUGCAUCUUUCUCCCUAAAUGCUACAUCAUUAUUCUGAGACCUAACAUGAACACCAAGGAGCAUUUACGGAUAUAA